AUGCACCUGCGUGUCCUGAGGGAAGCGAUCGGCAGAGCCGACUUUUCGUUCCCGGCUUUGGAGUCAGGCUAUGGUGUAAACAAAGUUUUGAGAGAUCUCAUUUACAUUGUUAUAGUAAAUAAAUUUUGUGGCAAGUCUGGGGUAUUACCGUUGAACUCUAGUUGGGCUGAGCUCAGCUCAAGUCGUUGCAGCGAUCGGCGGUCGCGAGGAUUUUCGGAGGUUUGUGGUGUGACGUCAGCGCGGGCGGGGCGCGGGGGCGCGGGCAGUGGCGCGCGCCGCCUCGCUCCGGCCGACUGUCCCUACCGCUACGUACUAUCUGUUGCGCGCCGAGCGCGGUGGACGCGCUACGAACGCGCCGCACGCGACCCUACCGCCCGCCCUUCACGCAACCGUAAACAAAUUACUACGAACCCCGUGUCCAAUGCUCCUUACGCUUGUGUGAAACCCCACUUUGUUCCGACUUCGACUUAUGUGAUUUAA